UCCGUCAGCAGAAUAACCGCAUGGAACCAGGCAGUAUAUUUCCAGAUGGCGUCCCACCAACGCAACAACCAUCUGGGUCUCGGAGACGGCACAGCUCCAAUAUGAAUGUGUAUGCCGACAUCAAUGAAGAAACCAUGGAAAAUUAUCAUUACAUCUGUGAGCAAAACUCACCAGAUCAGUAUGACGAAAUCAACGUCACAAACUAUGACCGCGAUAUCGAAAUCGUGCCUUCAAAAGAAUUUACGGACGAAAGUAUUUCUGGACGGAGCGUAGCAAAGUCUGAAGGCAAAAAUGUUUUUGACAGUGCUGAAGAAACGGUGCGGGGCGUCACAGAAUUUAAUGGUGAUAUUGAUCAGGUGUGUAAGUCAGACAGUACGAGCGGAGUAAAUCCCAAACGUAGCGACAUGAAAUCUAAUAGCAACAAUGAACUUGUGGGCACGAACGAUAUUUUGGACCUUGAAGCACAUUGCCAAACAACCAAGGCCGAAAACAGGCAAAUGCAAGCUGCUAAAUAUUGCAACGAGGGAGAGGACAUCAACGAAGAAACCAUGGACUAUUAUCAUUACGUCUGUGAGAAAAACUCACCAGAUCACUAUGACGAAAUCAACGUCACAAACUAUGACCGCGAUACCGAAAUCGUGCCUUCAAAAGAAUUUACGUACGAAAGUAUUUCUGGACGGAGCGUAGCAAAGUCUGAAGGCAAAAAUGUUUUUGACAUUACUGAAGAAACGGUGCGGGGCGUCACAGAAUUUAAUGGUGAUCUUGAUCAGGUGUGUAAGUCAGAUAGUACGAGCGGAGUAAAUCCCAAACGUAGCGACAUGAACUCUAAUAGCAGCAAUGAACUUGUGGGCACGAACGAUGUUUUGGACCUUGAAGCACAUUGCCAAACAACCAAGGCCGAAAACAGGCAAAUGCAAGCUGCUAAACAUUGCAACGAUGAUGAAAACAUAUUUGGUGAUUUAGGACAAUUUCAAGUGGAUUAUAUUCAUGCUAUUGCGAGUGAAUGUGAACUGCUUGAUAAUAAAUUAGAUCAUCAAACGGUACAGUCUUCCCUAUAAAUGACUUAAAACAGUGUUAUUAAUGUAUAAACGUGUAUUCACGAUAUAAUGCCUAUUAGAACUAUUUAUCAUAUACUAUAGUUGUCGUAGUUCUAGGUUUUGUAAAUAUGACGUAUGGACAAUUAAAUGGCUUUGUAUUUUCGCGUAUGCCUGCGUGUAAGACGUUUACAUGAGAUAUUCAACAUUGGAGUGUAAAUAUGACGUAUGAAAUAUCAAAUGGUCAUAUUCUUUAACAUUUCUUUUUCUUUUUUGUGUUUAAAAUAACUUGCAUGAUUUAUGUCGGACUUUUUAGCAUUGCUCAUCGUCUACAAACGUAAAAGUUAUACUAUUAAGUUUAAAGAUAGUUGAUUAUGUGUCAGCCACGCAUCCAAGCUACCUUGGUACCCUAGGUACUCGAUCCGCACCAUGGUACUACCGUAAAUUGCAAAAUAAUUGUAAUGGAUAUAUUACACGGAAAACAAGGGUUAAACUGGACAGAUCCAUGUAUGACAAGUAAUCCGCGUAAAUACAUGAACUCUCACUGUAAUAUUAUUAAAUUCUGUACUUCUUCUCGCAGUACUUUAGCUGUCAAACAAAUGGUUGAGAACAUUGAACUAUAUUGGUAAUAUCUUCGC